AAAAAACACUCACCCUUUUUCUUUUCUUUGAAAAGUAAGGUAAACUAGUGCAUAGCUUAGAGAAAAAUGAUGAAUAGAAGUGGUAACUGACACACAAUUCAUUGUAGCUGCAACAAAAAAAACUCACUUUUUCCCUUUCUCUUCACAUUUUCACCCAUGGGAGUUCGUUGCUCUAAACACUCUCUAUGCUGCUGGUCUUCAAAAACCAAAUCAAAUCAUCAAAAGCUCUCUGAUAAUGAUGAUGAUGGGAGCAAGAAGCUGAAGGAUCCUUCGGUUGGUUUCACUGAGUUUAGUUUGGAUCAACUUAGAGUGGCUACUGAUGGAUUUUCAUCAGACAACAUUGUUUCUGAACAUGGUGAGAAAGCUCCUAAUGUUGUUUAUAGAGGUUGUCUUGAAGAGGAUAGGUUGGUUGCUGUGAAGCGGUUCAACAAAUCUGCUUGGCCUGAUUCUCGACAAUUCCUAGAGGAAGCACGAGCUGUUGGGGAGUUGAGGAGUGAAAGAUUAGCUAACUUGAUUGGUUGUUGCUGUGAUGGAGAUGAGAGAUUGCUUGUUGCUGAGUUUAUGCCGAAUGAAACUCUCUCUAAACAUCUUUUUCAUUGGGAGGCUCAACCGAUGAAAUGGGCAAUGAGGUUGAGAGUGGCUUUGUAUUUAGCACAAGCCUUGGAAUAUUGCAAUAGCAGAGGAAGGGCACUGUACCAUGAUCUUAAUGCUUAUAGAAUUUUGUUUGAUCAGGAAGGAAACCCUAAACUUUCUUGUUUUGGACUCAUGAAAAAUAGUAGAGAUGGCAGAAGCUAUAGUACAAACUUAGCCUUCACUCCUCCAGAGUACUUGAGGACAGGAAGAAUCACCCCUGAGAGUGUGAUCUACAGUUUUGGCACCUUAUUGCUCGAUCUUUUAAGUGGAAAGCAUAUCCCACCGAGUCAUGCGCUUGACCUUAUACGAGGCAAAAAUUUUCAAAUGCUGAUGGACUCAGGUUUGGAAGGUCAUUUUUCAAAUGAUGAUGGAACUGAGAUAGUGAGAUUAUCUUCGCGUUGUUUACAAUAUGAACCUCGCGAGAGACCAAAUGCCAAGUCGCUUGUUACUGCUCUGACCCCCCUUCAGAAAGAAACUUCUGUUCUGUCAUAUGUUUUACUCGGCCUACCGGAUAGGAGUCUAUCAUCAAAAGAAACAGUUUCAUUAACGCCUUUUGGCGAAGCUUGUUCAAGAAGAGAUCUUACUGCAAUACAUGAAAUUUUGGAAAAGGUCGGGUACAAGGACGAUGAACAUGUUGCGAACGAGCUGUCCUUUCAAAUGUGGACAAAUCAAAUACAAGAUACACUAAACUUCAAGAAGCGCGGCGAUUCCGCAUUUAUCGCAAAAGACUUCUCGACAGCCAUUGACUACUAUACACAAUUCAUCGACGGGGGAACCAUGGUAUCACCGACCGUGUAUGCAAGGCGCUGCCUAUGCUACAUGAUGAACGACAUGGCGCAAGAAGCACUUGGAGACGCAAUGCAAGCUCAAUCGAUAUCUCCGACUUGGCCUACUGCAUUCUAUCUUCAAGCAGUUGCACUGUCUAGCCUUGGCAUGGACAAUGAUGCACAAGAAAGUCUCAAAGAUGGCACAACACUGGAAACUAGAAACCAUAGAAAUUGAAACUGUAUAGUAUUUAUCUUUUUUCUCUCUCCCUUAUUUACCAACCAAAUUUUUUUAAGCAUGGUUAUGAAAAAAUAUAUGUAAUGAAACUUUUCUUUGGACUCCUGAUUGUGAUGCUAUGGCCCCCCCUCUGAAUUUUCUUUUGAAUUUUUGGUCUUAUAGUGUGAAUCUCAAAUGUUUAAGUUUGUUAUAAAGAUGUGAUGUUUCUCUAGUCAGGCUUGUACAUUUUUAACUAAACAUAAGUUGACCAUU